AUGCGAUCAGGACGUUUAUGUAAGCUCUUCCUUUGGCCACCUGCGUCACCUCCGGGGGGUGAUGGCCUUUUCGACACCUUGGGACAUGAAGAGGCUUCGGCAGACCAGACAUUGAAGCAGGCAGAGCGACUGUUGGAAGCCGAGGACUUUCAGGGAUGUGAAGAAUGUCUGCUUGCAAAACAAGCUGACGGAAGCGAUGCGCUGCGAAGUCCUUAUGCUUGGCGGCUUCUGCUUCACAGCUAUCGGUUUCAACACAAACAUAGCUGGGCCAGAAAGCUGGCAGAAGAGCAGUUGGCAAAGCCCACGAAGGCAACGCAGCACCCGAUUGGGAAGGCAAUGAUGCAACUCAGCUUAGCCGAGCUUGAGCUCGCAGACAAGAAGCAGGAUCGCGCCGCUCAGUUGGCCAAAGAAGCCCUGGCGGUGUUUUCAGAGUUGGACAUGCCGUCCUACGAAGCGUUCUGCUUGCUGGCCUUGGCUGGCGCGGCCAGUGCGAAUGAGAAGUACAGGGAUGCAGCAGAGUUUGCCGAGGACGCCUUGGAAGGCUUUCAACAGGAAGAUGACGAAAGCCAAAGCGCCCGUGGACUGGGAAGGGCCUUGCUGGCUUUGGCAGAGGCCGAGCAGGCUCUGCAGGACUUCGGGGCUGCAGACCGUUCGAUCGAGAAAGCCCUGGAAAUCUUCAAGUUCGGCAAAGAUGAGAAAUGGCAGGCAUUCGUUCUUCAGAUAAGGGCCGGCUGGUCCUACAACCAGGACGACCCUUUCCGUGCAGCAACGUCGGCAGAGGCUGCCAUGCAUCUCUGGCAAUCCAACGGACAUCCAUUGUCCAGAGAGGCAGAGCUUGCUGAGAUUGCCUGCUCCGCCUUCCUUGUUCUGAACCAGCCGGAGGACGCCAUGAAGCCAGUGCGCGCUUGCCUUUAUCGGGCCCGGAUGAUGGGCGACAGGACCAUCGAAGGUCACAUGCUGUAUGUCACAAUUCAUGUGAACCAGGUCUUGGGAGACAUCGAAGGGGCCAUUAAAGUGGCUGACAAGUCAUGGGAGGUCUUCCAUGAACUUGGAAACAGGAAAAUGGAACUGGCCGUGCUCCGGGCCAAAUGCCAUGUCCAGCUCGCAGGACCCACACCGGACCCGAAGGCCCUCGACACGGCCAAGCAGGCUGUGGCCUGCGCGGAACAGCUGGAUCAGCUAGACUCGCAAAAGGACGAAGAGCUUGGCAAUGCGUGGCUGCAAAUGUCCCGGUUAAGAAAUGCAAGGGACGAAUCAAUAAAUGCCCAAAAGGCAUUGGAGACGGCCAUCCAGAGUUUCGAAGCUGCUGGUCAAAGGAGACGGGCUGCAGAGGCAGGGCUGGAGCUGGCAGACCUCAGCGCCAAGGUUCAGGACUAUGCAAGUGCUGUUGACAUGGCAAGAAAGGUGCAAUCGUUGUGUCGCAAGCAGAACGAUGUCAAGGGCGAAGCAUCUGCACUGCUGCUACUCGGAGGGGUGUUUCUUCAGCAGCAUGACAACCUGGGGGCUUUGAAAGCCGCAGAAGAAGCGUUUGAGCUCUUCCGACAAGUGGGUGAUAGAGUUCAAGAAGCCCACGCCCUUUUCCUGGUGAGUCAGGCUGGGCGGCAGCACUGCACAAUGUCCAAAGCAACGGUGGGCAAAUAUUGGAUCUACUUCGGUGCUGCUUUGCAGGCUGCGACAGAUGCGAUGGCACUUGCUGAGCAUCUUGGCGACAUGCUCUUAGCGCACGCUUACGUGGUAUUGGCCGAAAUCCAGGUCCUCUCGGUACCACUCCGGCGCGAUGCGCUGGAGAACGCCCAACAGGCAUCUGAUCUCUUCAGCCACUUGGGACAUGCAGCUGGCACUGCGCACAGUCUGGAACUGCAAGGCUUGGUGUCAUAUGACAUGCAGAAUCCUGCUGCAGCCGUCGAGGCCUGGGACAAGGCGAAGUUGGUGUAUGCCCAGGCCAACGAUCCAAAGAGUGUUCGGCGCUGCCAGGAGUGCAUUCUCCAGCUUGAAGCUGGACAAGCAUCAGCGACGGCCCAGGAGACCAAAGGGUCGAUCGAGGUCAAGCAGGAAGCGCCGCGGCAGCUGCCACCGCCCAUUCUCUCGUUGCCAAAGCGAGAACGCAGGGAAAUCAAGGAUCCGAUGUCAUUGCAGGGAGAAGAACGAGUGAUGGCGCAACUGGCCAAGAUCCUGCAGGACUUGGGCGUGGAGGACGUUGGUGACGACGACGGAUUGAUGUCGUCGGGAUUGACCAGCAGGGCGGCCAUCCAGCUCAAAGGCGAGAUGGAGCAAGCAUUCGCAGGAAUCCACAUCCCCUCCACGGUCGCCUUUGAUCACCCCAACCUCAGGUCGCUGUCAAACUGGAUAGCGGAUAGCAUUGCGGAGGAAGGGAAUGAGACGGUGAUGUUUGAGCCCCUGGUCCCUCCCAUGUGGGACUACACGCCGAGGCAAAGUUUCCGAAUCCAGAUGACGAUGGACGUGCACCCACAGCUGGUCUACUACGUACCUCUGGCCUCAGAGGUUUUGAAGCUGGCCUGGGUACAAGUCCUGGCAUUCCUGAUCCCAACCUGGGUGGUGGUGAAGUGGCUCAAGGUCGAAGCAGAGGAUGAUCGCCAGUUCGGUUCGGUAUCAGUUGGACUUGGAGCUAUCUCAUCUUUGGACUGCCCCGACGAUCUGCCAGAGGUGUCUGGCAUGCUGUCAUACAGCGCAGAAGAGGAGCUGCCUAUGCGCGGCAAGCCCAUCCGCGAGGGCGAACUGUGGCAUCUCUCCACAGAGGAUGUCGUGCGGAAAGUGCAUGUAUCACUCUUCAUAAACGGCUUGUCCGUGUCUUUCGAGACAAAGAAGGUGCUCGUACCGCUUUCACCCUUCACUUUGGUUCGGAACUGUAAAUUCCAGGCUGCUUCCUUUGACAUCAAGGAAUUCGCGGACUUCAAGAUCUUUAAGGUGCAUCUGCACGCAGCCAACCGAUGCUACUUUUUUGGCGUGCGUGGGAGCACUUUACUUGAAGGUGAGGAGGAGCGGUCCAACUGGGUUAGCGACAUUUCAACGGCAAUUCGAUUGGUGACCCAAUCGCUCUUCCCACCGUUCCGCAUUGCGUGCAACCCAUUGGCGACCGUGGAUGGCACACAGAAGCGACUUCUCGCUGGCUAUUUGCUGCACAGUGACAGUCCGUGCCUUGUGUCUGCCCUGUACUGCGAGUUGCAAGCACACCACGACGGCAAGGCGAUGUUUGUGCUCUACGAGAACGAGAACUGCAAGGUCCCCGUCAAAGCGAUGGCCCUCACAGCAGACUCCGCAGUGGCAGAGAAGCUUGGCAUCAAUUGCAGCUGCUUCUCUGUUGAUCAACGGGACUUCAGCAGCCGGACACUGUCAGAGAGGAAGCUCUGGCUGCGUGCUAUUUCCAAUAUCAAAGUGAAGCUUGCCAACGCAGCUCCAACUCCAUCGUCUGAAGACUUAGAGCACUAUCGCCAGGCUGUCAAGGAGCAGUUGCAUCAGAUUCGUACCUCUUUGCAGUGCAAGAUACGCACGGAUGCACUCCUCCCUCCAAGCAUUCACAACACUUUUCAGUCGACCGUGUCCCCCUUCAACAUGGAUCUGUGGGCUGAGAUUUCAGGUUACCACCACGGCCACGUGGAGGAGGACGAGGGUGAGUCGGUCCCGGCCGAGCGGUCACCUGCCUUGUAA